CGUGGGCUAGUCCCAGCCCAUCCAAGCCAUCGAAGCAUGUAUCACCUCGUCAAGGGCCUAUAUCUCUAUGCCACCAGCAAAGAAGAAUACUCCAUCCUCCUGCUCGGCCUCGACAACGCCGGCAAAACCACCCUCCUCGAGCAGAUCAAAGCCGCCUACACCUCGACCGCCUCCUCCACGGGGCCCAACCUCAAGACCGUCCCCACCGUCGGCCAGAACGUGUCGACCAUCUCGCUCACGGAGCCGCCGCUGUACCUCAAGGUGUGGGACGUCGGCGGGCAGCACGCGCUGCGCGGGCUGUGGCAGAGCUACUACGCCUCGUGCCACGCCAUCGUCUUCGUCAUCGACAGCACGGAUGUCGGCGACGCGGACAUAGCGUCGCUGGGCGCGGCGGCGGGGGCGGCCGAGGACGGCGACAAGGGCCGGCUGGAGGAGUGCCGCAAGGUGCUGGAGAGCGUGCUGCAGAAUGAGGAUACGGAGGGCGUGCCGUUGCUUGUGCUGGCGAAUAAGCAGGAUCGCGAGGACUGUGUGGAGGUGGUGAGGAUUAAGGAGGGGCUGGUGCGGAAGGUGUUUGAGGGGGAGAGUGGCGGCAGUGUGAGGGAUAGUAGGGUGCUGCCGUGUAGUGCGCUCACGGGGACGGGCGUGCAGGAGGCCGUGGAGUGGUUGUGUAGUCGGGUGAGGUGGAAUAAGGAGGCUAGGCCGCCGGUUAUGCGGUAGAUCUUAGGAAGUGGUUAAGAGAUAUGGGAAUGCGCACUGGGAAAGAGAUUUAUUAUAGGAGUGUGUGAGAGCGUUGGAAGGAGUAGGACUUCCGGAAUCAUGACAUGACUGAGAUCGUCACGCGUGGUAUGGAUUUCCUGCUUCAAUUUCUGUAGAGAGAAGAGGAUAUUGUAUUCAAGCGAGGAUUGAAGUUUGGUUAAUACCCAUAGAAAAUUAUUACAGAUGCUUGAACAACAGCGAUCAAGAUAAAAGUAUUUCCAGGCAUCUACUAUACGUUAAUAUGUCACAUAAAGGGGCCUUUAGUAUUUACCU